GAUUGCAGGAUAUGGGAUUCGCGGAAGUAUUCAUUGAUUUGGCAAUUCAUGAUGGAUUCACAGGACUCCAGGUAUCCAAACGUUUGACAAAUAAUGGCAUGUUAACUGAACUAUUCGAUAUCUUUAUCGUUGGCUGAUCAACGCCACUUGCUGUAGAAUGGGCCCGGAUGGAAAAUCGUGUCGUCGGCGUCGUCAGAAAGCACGAGCAGGAUUACGUAACCCGGGGUCUUUAUUAUGCAAACCAAUGUGUUAUCUCAAAGUAUCGGCCAUGGUACGAAUGCCACAAUCCAGGUGACGAGUUUUGGCCUCUCCCAUUUGAUAUUUGGGCAGUCCCUGCCGUCAAGGAUCUCCUGAUUGAAUACAUGGAAUCCACCCUCCAUCAGGUUCAAGAUCGCCGACACUAUCCCGAGGUUCCUGACACCGUACUCGACUCCCUGACACUCCGCUUCAAAGAAAUUGCCAACGAUUACUCGAUGAAUUCCAAGACGGAGCUAAUGAAACUGAUUCCCGAUGAGUUCAAACUGUCGUCUAUGCAAGAAACGUUAGGACUAGCUAGAACUCUCUUCGCGAAACCACCAGAUUCCACCAUCACCAGAUAUCCUUGCCCUCCACGUGGUCGAUAUGGUUGGCGUUGGUGCAAGCUUGCAUCCGCCAUAAUGAGUGAUAUCAUCACCCUGGCUGGACACGACCCUAAUGCUAUGGCUUUUCCACAACUUCUGGAAGAGGAUAUUUGGGUUGAAUGUCUUACCUGCGCUCAACCUGAUCAGGGAACUAAAGCUAAGGUGUUUGUGGCUAUGGACGCUUUCACUGUUAUAAAAGUCACCGCCUCAACACGGUCACCUACAAAAAAGCAGUGCGAUGGAGGAUUCUAGAGGGGCAGGAGCUUGAAUCCGCUAGAACGUCGGGUGGAGUGGUCAACGGGCGGUGGCCGUGUUUGCUCUGUGAGUAUGGUACGUAUAAAGGACCCGACUUUGCCAGUGAGGACUCCGUCCUUGAGCACAUUUCGUCGCAGUAAGAUAUGGUUUCUUUUUGAGUGGUGGUUGGGAUUUGGCACUUCUAAUCGUUUUCUU